GACACACAGACACGCAGACACAGAGACACCGGGGCCCAGGGCCCUCCUAUGGACCCUGCCCGCUCCCACUCCAUCAUCCACGGCUGUCCACCCACCCCCAUUCUCCAAGCUUCAGCCCCCCUCCUUAGUCCGGCUUCUGCACAGCACUGAAGAACCUGGGCGUCAGACCCUGAGACCCCAAGCAAUCCCAGCUCCAGCACCAGCCCCAUCAUGACCAAGGAGUAUCAGGACCUGCAGCAUCUGGACAAUGAGGAGAGUGACCACCAUCAGCUCGGAAAAGGGCCACCUCCUCCGCAGUCCCUCCUGCGGCGUCUCUGCUCCGGCCCUCGCCUCCUCCUGCUCUCCCUGGGCCUCAGCCUCCUGCUGCUGGUGGUUGUCUGUGUGAUCGGAUCCCAAAACGCCCAGCUGCAGCGGGAGCUGCGGGGCCUGAGAGAGACGUUCAGCAACUUCACAGCGAGCACCGAGGCCCAGGUCAAGGGCUUGAGCACCCAGGCGGGAGGAUGUGGGGCUGACCUCGUUUCCCUCCCCGCGGGUCCCGCAUCUCCUUUCGCUCCCCUCCGCCGCGUCUUCCCAGAUCACUCCAGCCUGCUGCUCCACGUGAAGCAGUUCGUGUCUGACCUGCGGAGCCUGAGCUGUCAGAUGGCGGCGCUCCAGGGCAAUGGCUCAGAAAGGGCCUGCUGCCCAGUCAACUGGGUGGAGCACGAGCGCAGCUGCUACUGGUUCUCUCGCUCCGGGAAGGCCUGGGCCGACGCCGACAACUACUGCCGGCUGGAGGACGCGCACCUGGUGGUGGUCACGUCCUGGGAGGAGCAGAAAUUUGUCCAGCACCACAUAGGUCCUGUGAACACCUGGAUGGGCCUCCACGACCAAAACGGGCCCUGGAAGUGGGUGGACGGGACGGACUACGAGACGGGCUUCAAGAACUGGAGACCGGAGCAGCCGGACGACUGGUACGGCCACGGGCUCGGGGGAGGGGAGGACUGUGCCCACUUCACCGACGACGGCCGCUGGAACGACGACGUCUGCCAGAGGCCCUACCGCUGGGUCUGCGAGACAGAGCUGGACAAGGCCAGUCAGGAGCCACCUCUCCUUUAAUUUAUUUCUUCAGUGCCUCGACCUGCCGCAGGGGUCCGGGGUUGGGAAUCCGCCCGUCUGGGGGCCUCUUCUGCUUUCUCGGGGAUUUUCAUGUAGGAUUUUAAGGGAAGGGGAAGGAUAGGAUGAUGUUGGGAAGGUGGGGGGCUUGAAACUCGUGGCGCUUUCUGCAGUUUGCACGUUAUCAUUGUCAAGUUUUUUUUUUUUUUUUUUUUUUUUAGAGUAAAAAGAAAUAUACC